AUGGCGCCGCCUCCGCCCUUCCGAGUAGCCAUCAUCGGCCUCUCCGCGUCGGCGGUCACGUCCUGGGCGCCCGAGGCGCACCUGCCGGCGCUGCAGACGGCAGCCGGCCGCGAGCGGUACCGCAUCGUGGCGCUGUGCAACAGCAGCGAGGCGGCCGCGCGGGCGAGCAUCGCGACGUACGGCCUGCCGGCGGACACCAAGGCGUAUGGCAGCCCCGCGGAGCUCGCGGCCGACCCGGACGUCGACUUCGUCAUCUGCAGCACGCGCGUGGACAAGCACCUCGAGACGGCGCUGCCGAGCGUGCGCGCCGGCAAGGACGUCUUCGUCGAGUGGCCGGUCGCGUCAAACACGGCGGACGUCGACGCGCUCGCCGCGGCCGCAAGGCAGAGCGGCGCCCGCGUGCUGGUCGGCCUGCAGGGCCGCUGGGCGCCGCCGGUGCUGAAGCUCCGCGAGCUGCUCGCCGCCGGCGCCAUCGGCCGGCUGCUGAGCUGCGAGGUGCGCGCGUACGGCGGGACCAACGACCGCGAGCUGCUGCCCGUCGGCCUCAAGUACUUUGCCCAGCGCGCCGCGGGCGGGAACCCCAUCACCAUUGGGUUCGGGCACGUGAUUGACUUUGUCCAGUCCGUCGUCGGCGAGCUGGUACCCGGGACCGUGCACACGCAUUUUCAGCUGCAGCGGCCCGAGGUGCGCAUCCGCGACCCGGCGCGCAACAACCAGAUCGUCGAGACCAUCCGCUCCGACGUGCCAGACCUGCUCUCCCUACACGGUGAGUCCUACCAACCCUACCCCCCAGCGACGCUGACGGUGCUCUUCCGCCGCGGCCAGCCCUUCCCCGGCACGCCGGCGCUGACCUGGACGCUGCACGGCACGGCCGGCGAGCUGCGGCUGGUGGCGCCGGGCGGGAUCGCGCUGCAGGCGGACGCGGGCUACGCGGGCGCGGAGCCGGUGCGCAUCGCGCUGCACCGGUUCGGGAACCAGCCCGGCGGCGGCGAGGGUGAGGUGGUGGAGGACGUGCCGUGGUCGUGGGGGGACGGGUGGCAGGCGGAGGUGUCGGUGCGGGCGAGGACGGUGGGCAGGGUGCUGUUUGCUUGGGCGGAUUAUCGGAGGGGGCUGGUCGGGGAGGAGGGGCGGGAGAAGGGCUGGGUGGAAUUGGAGGAGGCGGCUGAACGGGCGCGGCAGAUUCAGGGGUGGUUGGAUGGUUGGCAGGCGUGA